AUGGCCUCUGAAUCCAUCAGCUCAGCAUACCAUGCAGACGCAUACCUUGGGAUAGAUACUUUUAAAAAAUCCCUGGAGGAAUACGAAAGGUUAAAAGCCAUAAAUAAAUCGAGUCUCUAUGAAGAAAGCCUUGCGUCAUCAUCGAUAGAGAAGGAUGACACGUCAGAGACCAAACUAUUAAUAUCAGAUUAUGACAAUCUACGGCAAAGAAUAAGACAUUUAAGAGACUGGCUUGUGGAGUACACCAAAACGAACCAGCAACUCGAAAUAAAAGAAUACGAUAAUGCUCCAUACCUCGCCGCACUCCUUCACACCAUGGGUCCCGAUAAAGGCAGGAAGAUAAAGCAUUGUAUUGUUAAUACCAGCUUGUACAUUGGAUUUGAUCUAUUAUUCGACACAGCCUUGGUAGAAAUCAAUUCAAACGAAUCUGAAAAUAUGAAAAUCGCUGGUUCAGGAGCAAUGUGCAGAUAUCAAAAGAUUGUUUUUCCAAAGGUCGUUCGUUAUUUAUCCACCGACAUGCUUGAUGAACUUAUGGCAACUUACCGUUUAGACGAGACUUCCUAUACAGAAAGAUGUGUUACUGUAAUGCAGAUCAUGUAUAUUAUUUACGAGUGCAUAGGUGGUCGAGGAGACAGAUGGUCAAAGCUUAUCAUGAUAAUAUACACAAUCAUGUCCAUACUUCAAACAGGCUCCCUAAUUGCAUUGCAUACCCAAAAAACGGCUUUUAGUAUCCAUUACAAGUCGGAUAUCACUUACACAAAGUUAAAUAACACAAGUGGCUUCAACGAAUCUAGCUCUAAUGGAACAAUAAAAUCAACAAAGCGCGAAUCUAAAAGUCAUCCAGAAAGCAAGGUCCGUGAUCAUCGAAAUAUUCUCUACCAAGGAAGUUUUCUUCACCAAUUUGUUCGAGAAAUGAUUCCGUACGGAAAUAAAGAAGCUAUAGAGUCUGCAAAUGAUAUGGACCCUACAGUCCUAGCAUCUAUUAUUGGAGGAACUGGUCUUUCUCUACUUCUUGGGAUAUGGGCUGAUUACACGAUUCAUACCAGUACAGAAUGGAUUGUAUUAUCUUGGAUACUGAGCUCAUUUCUUUUCGGAAUAAUCACAUAUUUCUCUAUGAAUGGUAAUAUAACGAGCAUAAUACCACUAUUUCUCCCUAUCAUUGCAGUCCCGGGUGGAUUAACGUGCGUUUUAGCGGCUACAAUUGAAGGAUAUCCAAAAGAGCAUCCUAUAUAA